GUCGUCGCGGAGUACGCGGGGGCGCGAAGGUGCGAGCGCGAGGGAGCGCGUGCGCGUGCGCGAGCGGCGGGGCUUUCUCCAGCGCCGUCGGAAGGAGCCGGAGCGCCGCCGUGGAGUUGGUGAUUUCUUGGUUAUGGUCUUAUGUGUGACAUGAGCGAUGAAAGCAGCAGAGCUGAUGGGUCAUAUGGAUGUAAGUGCAUUUGAAGACUCUUACAUCCUCUCCUCCAGGACAGAAUCAUGAAUAAACUGGAGGACAAGCAGGACCAGAUGAUACCAUGAAGAGAAGCUUACAGGUCCUCUAUUGCCAACUGAUAAGCUCCCUCCUGACCUUGGCAUUGAUUGAAGCCCUGACAUUCACCACCCAAGAACCAUCUCCCAGGGAAUCUCUUCAGGUCCUCCCCUCAGACAUCACCCCAGGCACCAUGGAAACAGCAUCCACCAUCUCUAACAGACACUCCUCUGUGGCAGCUGCCUCACACCCUGUGCCGACGCUGACUCCCCAUCUCCAUGGGCCCUUGGCACCGGCCUCAGUUUCUGUGGCAACAACUUCACUCCAAGCAGAUGGGCAACCCCCUGUAAGCAUAGUCUCUACCAUCAUAGCUGCAGCAACCACCCCUCACUCUGAAGAGUCUACAGAGCCCCUUCCUGCGGUCACAGAUGCACCCUCCCACUCUGAGCGCAGGCCCCUAGUCAGCACUGUGUCCACCAGUUUGCCCACAAAGCCACCAAGAACCACCAGUCACCAUACCACAGCACCCACACGGCCAGCCACUCACAGACCCCCCAGGCCCCCAGGCUCUUCACGAAGGGGGGCCAGUAGUUCAUCAUGGGCUGGCUCAUCCACAUCUGAUGGCCACCCAAGAAGGAAGAAAGGUCAGCAGGCACAGAACCAGACCACCGCACAUCUGGGGCAGAAGCGGCCCCUGGGGAAAAUCUUUCAAAUCUACAAGGGCAACUUCACAGAGUCUGCAGAGCCUGUUCUCUCUACCCUCACCCCCAGGAAUCCACCACAGCCUCAAACUGUGGCCAUAACCCUGGUGCCCCGCAGGACCUUGUGGGCCACCACCACUACCCCUCUGGCGACUGCAGAGGAUAAGUCAGGACUUAGCAGAGCAGACCAGGGGGCUGGCUCUACCUUCACCAGCCAAGGAGAGAAACCAGAUGUCCCAGCAGCCUCAGGAGUCCCUACCAGCUCACAACCUACCCUAGUGCCUUCUCAGGUCCCUUAUGGUGACCCACAAUACAGCUCUAACCACGCUGACUCCAGGCUUGGUGUUGCUGUUGGUGUUACUCCUGGCACCAACAAACCUCCAUCUACCAGCCCUGGGGCCUUCACAGCCACCCAGGGGCAGACCCAGGCUGCCUUUGAUGUCAGUGUCUCAGCCCCUUCCAAGGGCCUUCCUCAGGGAACAUCCUCACAGGCUCCAGCCCACCCCACUGACACCUCAGAAAACACUGUUUCCCGAGACCAGGAGGAGCUUACGACCACCCCUACCAUGACUGAUGAGGUGCCCAGGCCUUUCUCCACAGUGGUGUCCACUGCCACAGGAAACUUCCUCAACCGCCUGGUCCCUGCUGGCACUUGGAAACCUGGCACAGUGGGGAACAUCUCCCAUGUGGCUGAAGGGAACAAGCCUCAACACAAAGCCACCAUCUGCCUAAGCAAGAUGGACAUCGUCUGGGUGAUCCUGGCCAUCAGCGUGCCCAUCUCCUCCUGCUCUGUCCUGCUGACAGUUUGCUGCCUACGAAGAAAGAAGAAGACAACUAACCCAGAGAAUAACCUGAGCUACUGGAACAAUGCCAUCACGAUGGACUACUUCAACAGGCAUGCUGUGGAGUUGCCAAGGGAGAUCCAGUCCCUUGAGACAUCAGAGGACCGGCUCUCAGAACCCCGCUCCCCAGCCAAUGGUGACUACAUGGACACUGGGAUGGUUCUUGUCAACCCUUUCUGCCAAGAAACACUGUUUGUGGGAAGUGAUCAGGUAUCCCAGAUUUAACUGCAGCAGUGCUUGCUUUGCUGGUCCCAAUUUUCAUCUCUAAAUAAUAUAUAUUCAAAAAUAUAUUAUGAAUAUAAUAUUUGUGUAACCCCUGAGAAACAUUUUCAACAUUUUUCCCUAAGAAUUGUCAACAUCUUUUUUUACAAGUGUGGUUAUAAAAAAAAAAAAACUUUUCAGAACGAUUCGUGGCUUUAUAAAAUAAAGGUAUUUCUAAGCAAAGCAGUCGCAGUGAGUGCUUCUCUUAAUGGAUGUGACUAGUUAUGCCUGUAGCCCCAGCAGAUGAGGGAACAGCACACAUAGAACUGGAUGUCAAAAGGGCCAGGACAGUCCUUUAAAUGCUUCUGAAAGCUCAGGUUCCUCUUCAUCCACUGAGACCCUGCUUCUUCCCCUUGCAUAUGCAGCCCUCUAAAGGGACUGGACUGCCUAGGGAAAGCCAGUGAACUGAUUCCAGGCAGGAAAAAGGGAACAUCUCACUCCAUAGCAUGAGAAACAAUCUGGCACUAACCCUAAUAGCUGUCAAGUUGUGAGCACAGGCAGAAGUGUGCAGCAUCAAGAAUCAUUGGAGGACAUCCAACAUCCUCAGGCCAUGUUUCCCUAACCUCACCCACCUGGGGGUCUCUACUAUGAUAAUUACAGAACCUUAUUCGCC